CCAAAAGUCGGACCACGCCAGCCUGCGCACUAAGAAACUACAACUCCCAGCAUGCUUUGCUGCCUUUCCAGCCGAGUAGCCUACCCGGGGUGGGCAAGGGAUCGGAAACCUCAGGUUCCGGGGCUGCCAGGGUAGAGGCGCACGCACAGAAGCGCCCGCCCCUUCCUCGGGCGUCGAAGGUGAUAUCGCGUGAGUUCCGCAGCCAAUGAGGAGGCGGAAGUGACACCCAGCUUGCAGCCACCGGUAGCUACUGCGAGGCGGAAGCCGGAGUGGACCGCUGUUUUGGAGCCUCUGCUCCCUGACCUCUCAGCAUCACUAAUAGCUCAGCACCAAGGCUGAGUUGUACCAUUUAGAAGAAUGGAAGCUGAUGCGUCUGUUGACAUGUUUUCAAAAGUCCUGGAGAAUCAGUUGCUUCAGACUACAAAACUAGUGGAAGAACAUUUGGAUUCUGAAAUUCAAAAACUGGAUAAGAUGGAUGAAGAUGAAUUGGAACGCCUCAAAGAAAAGAGACUUGAGGCACUAAGGAAAGCUCAACAGCAGAAACAAGAAUGGCUUUCUAAAGGACAUGGGGAAUACAGAGAAAUCCCUAGUGAAAGAGACUUUUUUCAAGAAGUCAAAGAGAGUAAAAAAGUGGUUUGCCAUUUCUACAGAGACUCCACAUUCAGGUGUAAAAUACUCGACAGACAUCUGGUGAUCUUGUCCAAGAAACACCUUGAAACCAAAUUUUUGAAGCUGAAUGUGGAAAAAGCACCUUUCCUUUGUGAGAGACUGCAUAUCAAAGUUAUCCCCACACUAGCACUGGUAAAAGAUGGGAAAACACAAGAUUAUGUUGUUGGAUUCACUGACCUAGGAAAUACAGAUGACUUUACCACAGAAACUUUGGAGUGGAGGCUCGGUUGUUCUGAUAUUCUUAAUUACAGUGGAAAUUUAAUGGAGCCACCAUUUCAGAACCAAAAGAAAUUUGGAACAAACUUCACAAAACUGGAAAAGAAAACUAUCCGAGGAAAGAAAUAUGAUUCAGACUCUGAUGAUGAUUAGAGCUCAAUUAUAGCUCUUUAUAAAUCGUCUUUUUAUUUCUGCUUCGGAUUUAAAUGUGUUUUCUAAAUUCUGUUGAUUUCAAUACAUUGGUCUCUGUUACUCAUUCUGGAGUUUUAUUCAGUUGCAUCACAAUGAAAGACAUCUUUGCUGUUUUUUGUGUGCCAUUAUGUUUAAGUUGAGGAAAACUCAGUUCUUAGAUUAUCUGGGAAGAAUCUGGAUUCUCUAUUUUGAGAUGGAUUUUAUCACAAUAUGAUUCUUGCAACUUUAUACCAUUUACAAUUGUGUUUUUAAUCUACAGAGUUAGAAAUAGAAAUUCACAAGUAUUCUAGGACUAAUUCUUAAUCAGCAUUAUCUAUACAACAAGCCAAGUAACAUUUACUGAUGUGGCACACUGCACUUAUAAGUGAAUUAUAAACACUAUUCACUUCUGGAAUAUAUUUAAAUAACUAUUAAAGAACUACUUAAUGUAUUCUGGAUGCUGCAUGUUGAUGUUGAAUCAACUGAUGGCAGCAGAAAGCAAUUUCAGGUUGUGAAAUGAACAUAUUACCUUACUUAAAGGACCCUGAUUGCUUGUAUUUUAAGACAUUAAUUAAAAAGAAGUCAGGAAAUGCUUUUGGAAUGGCAUCAUAAGGAACUCCACUGACUCUCCUCAAUAAA